AUGCUCAACCUCUUCCGUAUUCUCGGGGACUUGUCCCACCUUGCCAGUAUUGGCAUCCUCCUCCACAAGAUGGUUCAGCUGAACAGCUGUUCCGGUAUUUCGUUCAAAUCACAAGCUCUCUACCUUUUGGUUUACAUCACCAGAUACCUUGACCUAUUCUCAACCAGCAGCCUGUGGAACCUGGUCUUCAAGAUUCUCUUCAUUACCUCCCAAGGCUACAUCGUCUACCUGAUGACGACCGCCUACAAGCCCACCAACGACCCCAACCAAGACACGUUCCGCGUCCAGUACCUGCUUGGAGGCGCCGCCGCCCUGGCCAUCGUCUUCCCUUACUACUACACCUUCUGGGAGAUCCUCUGGGCCUUCUCCAUCUGGCUCGAGGCCGUCGCCAUCCUGCCCCAGCUCUUCAUGCUCCAGCGUACUGGCGAGGCCGAGACCAUCACUACCCACUACCUCGCUGCCCUCGGUAUCUACCGUGCCCUGUACAUCCCCAACUGGAUCUACCGUUACUUCACUGAGGUGAACCACAAGGUCGACUGGAUCGCCAUCGUCGCCGGCAUUAUCCAGACCAUCCUGUACUCUGACUUCUUCUGGAUUUACUACACCAAGGUGAUGAAGGGCAAGAAGUUCAAGCUGCCCGUCUAA